UACUGACGGUCUGUCUGUAUAUUUUAUCGAUGAUUUCGCGGUCACACUGUUGCAAGUGCAAAGUCGAAUCUGAAAGAUACGUAAACGUAAUUUAAAAAUGUGGAAGCUAAAGUCUAUUAAAAGUCCAGUACAAACGAUUGUUUUAAGACGGCUAUCAGUUGGUGACUCCAGGCUAAGCCAAAAACAUGAUUCCAAAAAAUCACCUGUAAAACAGAAUGAAUCUUUCAUGGCUAAUAUUUUCCGUCGGUCUUUUGUCCCAAAGCAAGUGUUUCCUUAUCCGGAUGUGCUAAGCCUGGAGCAAAAGGAAUCAACUGGCAGUUUAAUAGACCCUUUUGAACGUUUUUUUUCUGACAUUAAUGACGCUGCCAAAAGCGAUCAGGCUGGAAAGACAGACGAAAAAACCCUAUCCGCGCUAUGGGAGCUGGGUGCAUUCGCAAUACAAGUGCCUGAAAAUUUUGGCGGCUUGGGUCUAAAUAAUACCCAGUAUGGAAGACUUUGUGAAAUAGUUGGUGCCAACGACUUAGGAUUGGGAAUAACGAUCGGCGCGCACCAAAGUAUCGGAUUCAAAGGAAUACUUUUGUAUGGGACACCUGAACAAAAGGAAAAAUACUUACCCAAAGUAUCCACCGAACGUGUCUACGCUGCCUUUGCACUCACGGAGCCAUCUUCUGGUUCCGACGCCGGAUCCAUACGAUCCCGUGCAGUAAAAAGUGCUGAUCAAAAAUACUACGUACUAAAUGGUUCCAAAAUUUGGAUAUCCAAUGGAGGAAUAGCUGAUAUUAUGACUGUUUUCGCACAGACUGAAAUAGUGGAUCCAAAAACAGGUGAAAAGAAAGACAAGGUAACCGCGUUUAUUGUGGAACGAUCCUUUGGAGGUGUUACAAAUGGUGCACCAGAAAAGAAAAUGGGAAUCCGAGCAUCAAACACAACGGAAGUUUACUUUGAGGACGUAAAGAUUCCAAUUGAAAAUAUUCUUGGAGAGGAAGGGGAUGGAUUUAAGGUUGCUAUGAAUAUUUUAAACAAUGGUCGGUUUGGAAUGGGAGCAACGCUCUCCGGCACGAUGCAGAAAUGCAUUGAAAUUGCUACUUCUCAUGCGAACAGCCGGGUCCAGUUUGGACAAAAACUAAAGAACUAUGGCUCUAUUCAAGAAAAAUUAGCACAAAUGAGCAUUCUUCAAUAUGCCACAGAAUCGAUGGCAUUUACGAUAUCACAAAACAUGGACGGUGGGAGUCAAGACUACCAUUUAGAAGCCGCCAUAUCAAAAAUAUAUGCCAGUGAAAACGCCUGGUACGUUUGCGAUGAAGCUAUUCAGAUUCUAGGAGGUAUGGGCUUCAUGGUUGAAACUGGACUUGAACGAGUUUUGAGAGAUUUGCGGAUUUUCCGAAUUUUCGAAGGAACAAAUGAUAUUCUUCGUUUAUUUGUGGCACUAACUGGAAUUCAAUUCGCCGGAUCUCAUUUAAAAGAGCUGCAAAGUGCUUUUAAGAACCCAGCUACCAAUUUGGGUUUAAUAUUUAAAGAAGCUUCUAAGCGUGCGGCUUCUAAAGUUGGUCUAGGUGGCAGUGAUUUGAGUUCUCAUGUAGUUCCUGAGCUUCAGCCCUAUGCCAAGCAAACUGCAGAAUGUAUAGACCUUUUCGGUCAAACAGUUGAAGAGCUAUUAUUACGGUACAACAAAAAUAUAGUAAACGAGCAAAUUAUAUUAAAUCAGCUGGCAAACGCAGCAAUAGAUAUAUACGCUAUGGUUGUCACACAAUCACGGUCAUCUCGAGCCUUAAAACUAGAUCUUCCAAGUGCACAACAUGAACUUAACUUGACUAAAGCAUUGACCAUUCAGGCCUCUGAGCGAGCGAUAAAGAACCUGAAGAAUGCCACUUCAAGCCAUAAUAGAGAUUUGACAGAAAAAAUGUCUACUAUAGCUCAGACGGUUUGUGAAAAGAAUGGUGUUUAUUCCACUGGAGUCAUAGAUGUUUAAA